AUGAAGAAUCUGAAGAGUUUUUUCGCUUCGUAUAAAAAAUCACUUGAAACUUUCACUCAAGCAUUGGCUAAAACCCUCAUUUAAUAUGAAAAAGACUUCACCAAGCAGGGAUAAGAUACAGUAUAGGAUACAUUAAGGACCGCCAUGUUCAAUAUAAAGUUUACACUGGAGGAUAUGCAUCGAGGAAUCUUAGAGAAAGCAGAGUUGAUAUAGAGGGAUCUGAUAGAGCCACUUGAUUUAUACUACAAGCAUUAUUCCUCAACUAAUCAGGAGCUGAUCAAACAGGGCAAUCAAUUUUGGACAACUCUGCAUUAAGAUCGAACAUAGAUGCUCUUUGCAAAGGAAAACUAUCAUAACUAGAUGCAUCAAAUGCAGCAAUUGCAAUUACAGUACAGUGAGGCAGCAGCUACUGCUUUUGGAAAUGCAAAUGCAACUCCAGAUAAAACUAAUCGAAAAAUAAGUUAUUAGGGACACAAUGAAGAAGCUCAUAUUGGAAUAUAGGAUAAAAAGCUACAGCUGCAGUCAAACAAAGUGGAUAUGGCUAGAAAUGAGUAUGAGAGACAGCUAUCGAAAGUGAAUUUAACGAUUGAUAUGUUUGAAACUUCCUAUAAGCCUAUUCUGAACAGAAUAUAAGAUGGAGAUGAUGCUCAAAUUAAUUUUGUCAAGUUUAAUCUUGAAAAGUUAAGUAGAUACAUUGAGUAAAUGGGAAAAGAAAUAAACUAGAGAGGAGAUGAGAUUGGCUAGACAGUAGGUAUAAUAAGCAGUGAGAUUGAUUUGAAAAUCUUUGUAGAUCAGAAUAAGUCAUAAAACCCCUUCUUGCAAAGAGAGGUGUACUAGGAAUUCGAAUAGACUUUUAAGUAUGGUGUCAGGUCAACCAGAGCUACCUCAAUUGAAGCUACUUCUUAGUUUGAAGUAACUCCGGGCAAAUCUUCAUUUAUAGAUGAUGACUAUAUUUAGAAUGCAUUGAAUAAUACAUCAAUCAGUGCAUAGAGCAAUAAUAGCACAUCCAAUUCAAAUAAUAAAUAAUAUGGGGGUCAACUCAAUAGAAAUGUAACUCUUACUGAACAAUAAUUUGAAAUUGUUAAUAAUCCAGUAGAUUAGUUUUAAAAGGACAAGAGACUACUAGAGGAUUAGAUGAAUAAACUACUUAAGUCAACGGCUAUUACUAUAGAGGAGAAGGGCAAGCUAAUUCAACUCAUGCACGAUAAGGUGAUGAGGUCCGAAAUGACUAAUAUCCUUAAGGAUAUUAUUUCGCCUAGAUAACUGAGCAAUUCAGAAUGCUUGAAACUAAUUGCUGAUAUAAUUAAAUUCAUUCUCACUUUGUUUGUGCAUGAACAGUCAACUGAUUAUAGACUAGUUUACAACAUACUUGAAAGUUCUCAAAACAUCUACACUUCAAUAAACAAAAGAAAAUUAUUCCUAUCAACUUUAUUAUCUGAUCAUGGAAUCUGGCAAGAUGUAAGAAUUUGGAAAGAAAUGAUCAUUGAGAUAAUCGAAAUAAAGAUUGCUGACUAGACUAAAAUCAGAAAGAGGAAAGCUAAAGCUAUCUAGGAUUAGAAAAACUAAUCAGAGAAAAAUAUCUUCAAAAAGGGUUUUAAGCAAUUGAAAGGCAUGUUAUCACUGAAGGACUCAAAGCAUCUUUAAGAAGCCAAAGCUAACUAAAACCUGAUCUUUAAUGAGUUAAGCAAAUUCGUUAACUUCUUUAUCAACUUUGGGCUAGCCUACGAGCAAGCAAACGAGAUCCUUAUCAACUACUGUGAAAAUUUCUAACUUGAGCAGAGCCGUAUACAUCUGCUUCUGACAGAGCUACAGUCCAAUCAAAAGAAUACAGAUUCAAUGUUUACAGAGAAGGAGCUACUUAUAUGGUCACUGCAGAAACGAGGAAACAGAAUAAAAAACUUCGGAUACACUGACUCAAUGUAAAUCCUGGGAAUGACUAUUAAGUUCAUAGAUAAUGACAUUACACUCAGAAAUUUACUUAUGCUUUCGAGAGACUACAACGAAGUACUAAUUCAAGAGGUGUUGAAACAGGGUUUGCUUAGAUCAAGCCAAACCAGAUUAACUAGCAAAAGGCGAGUACUGUGGUUGAAGCUGCUUAAAAUAGAUCCGCAAUACAGCUAAGAAGAUUAUGACAGAGCUUUCUAGCAGUCUUAAGUGGCUUUGUCAAAGUCUGUAUCCGAUGCUAUAGAAGUUGAUGUGAAUCGAUCAUUCAAUAAUCUGAAACAAAUCUCUCCUGAUAACUUAAACAAUAUUUUGAAGACCUAUGCCAUCAUCAAUCCGAAUCUGGAUUACUGUUAGGGUAUGAACUUUAUUGCUGGUUUCUUGUAUCUAUUAUUCGGAAAGGAAGACCUAUCGUUCUCAGUAAUGAAGGAAAUCAUUGCAAAAUACAGUAUGAGUCAGCUGUUUAACACUGAGCUGCCAAUGCUUAAACUCACUUUUUAUCAACUAGACAGAAUGAUUUCUAUUAAACUGCCUGACCUUCAUGCUCAUUUUAAGGAUGAAACUAUAAACUCUAGUUACUUCAGUUCACCAUACUUCAUAACGUUGUUCACAAAUGCUUUACAAAUGCAGACUACUUUUGAUCACAGUGCUCUUUAUGGAUGGAAGAUGAUUUUCAAGGUAUCACUUUUAAUUCUAAGGGAAAAUGAAGAGAAACUGCUGACCAUGCCUUUUGAAAUAAUGCUUAGUCAGGUUGUGAACCUUCCCACUAAAUUCUUAAUUAGACAGUUUAGUAGUGAAGAGGAAGAGAGAUAGGCCAUUUCUGAAUUUGAUAAAUAAAUUAAGGAGCUGAAAAUUCCGACAAUGCUAAUAGAGAGAUUGAAAACUGAAUUCGAUUAGAACUAUAAAAUAUCAGUAAAUGCCUCGGGACUUAAUGACUCAUAAAGUAGAAUCAGCAGAUGA